AUGUCGUCCCUGCGAGCUUUCGGCCGAAUCUCAAAACUGCUGCAGGGUCCGCUGAAAUGUCCUAGUCGGAGCUACUAUGCCGGUACCAUGGAACCGUUUCACCCGUACCCGGAUCGUGAACCCAAUUGGGUUUCAGCCGAGGAGGCCGUCUCUGCUGUUAAAUCCGGUAUGCGUGUUUUUAUGCAUGGUGCUGCUGCAACUCCUGUUACCCUGGUGGAUGCCUUGGCAGAAUAUGGUAAAAAAGCUAACUUGAAAGAUGUUGAGGUAAUUCACAUUCAUACAGAAGGACCAGGCACUUAUGCAAAACCAGAAUAUGCAGGUAUAUUUCGCAGCAAUUCCCUCUUCUUAGGAGCAAACUGUCGGCAGGCUGUUGCUGAUGGACGUGGUGAUGUCACUCCAAUUUUCUUGGGCGAGAUUCCUCACUUAUUUCGAAGAAAAAUCUUGACCCUUGAUGUGGCCAUUGUUUCUGUAUGUCCACCUGACAAUCAUGGCUUCUGUUCACUGGGACCAAGUAUUGAUUGUGCUCGAAGUGCUUUGCAAAAUGCCAAAUACAUUAUUGGUUUGGUUAACAAGCGUCUGCCACGCACAUUUGGGGAUGGCUUAGUGCACAUUUCCCAUUUUGAUGCUUUGGUCGAUGAAAAUCGUGAACUUCCAGAGCAUAAAGAGCAUAUCCUUUCUGCAGAAGAGAAACAGAUUGGUAAACUGAUUGCUGAAAACUUGGUACACGAUGGUGCAACUUUGCAGAUGGGCAUUGGUUCUAUACCUGAUGCUGUGUUAGCACAGCUGGGAAACCACAAAGAUUUAGGCAUCCAUUCAGAAAUGUUCAGUGACGGUGUGGUUGAUUUAGUGAAAACUGGGGCUGUAAAUAACUCCAAGAAGGUACUCCAAACUGGUAAGAUAGUGAGCAGUUUCACUGUGGGCACAAGGAAACUUUAUGAUUUCUUGGAUAAUAAUCCUUUUGUAGUCAUGUGCGAUGUGGCCUGGACAAACAGUCCAGCUAUCAUCUGUCAGAAUCCAAGAGUUACUGCCAUUAAUUCAUGCAUUGAAGUUGAUCUGACUGGACAAGUGUGCUCAGAUUCCAUUGGGACUCGUAUUUACUCUGGAUUUGGUGGUCAAGUUGAUUUCAUCCGAGGUGCAGCUCUUAGCCAUGACGGUCUUGGAAAGCCAAUCAUUGCUUUGGCCUCAUCCACAAAAAAAGGAGUGUCUAAAAUUAUUCCCUAUAUUAAACAAGGUGGUGGUGUUGUAACAACUCGUGCCCAUGUUCACUACGUAGUGACUGAAUGGGGUAUUGCUUAUCUGUUUGGCAAGACGUUGAGACAACGUGCCUAUCAUCUUAUCCAGAUUGCCCAUCCGGACCACAGAGAGGCCUUAGAAAAGGCAGCAUUUGAACGCCUGAAAACCAUGCCUGUUCCUUAG